GCCUCUGCCACCGCGACCACACCUCAGAGCUCAUGUAUCACUUGCUCAAGGGACUUCACGAAUACCUUACGAGGAAGGAGGAGUUUUCUGUCAUCAUCUUGGGUUUGGACGGAGCAGGCAAGACAACGCUACUCGAAAAGAUCAAGACACUUUAUAAUGAUGUCCCUGGAUUAUCUCCCGACAAGAUAGGCCCGACUGUUGGACAAAACAUGGGGAAGAUAACGCUACCGUCGACGAUACUGCAAUUCUGGGACCUCGGAGGCCAACGUGGAAUGCGAUCUAUAUGGCCUCGAUAUUACGACGACUGCCACGCAGUUGCGUAUGUCAUCGAUGCCGAGGAUCGGGAACGUCUGAGCGAGUGCUGGGAGGUAUUCGAAUCCGUCCUGUCAUCGCCCCAAAUACUCGGCGUCCCUCUUCUUCUCCUGGCAAACAAGCAAGACUCGCCCAGAAGUCUAACAGUGGAGGAAAUUCGACACGACUACGAGGAAUGGCACCAGCGUCGUCUUGAAAGCGCGCGUCGGGGAACCUAUGACGACGAUAUGGUUCAACGACGUGACAGGAUCGCCAGCUUAGACGUGCUCGGCAUUAGCGCGCUCGAAGGAACUGGCGUACGAGAGGCUGUCGACUGGUUGUUCAUCCGCGUGCAAAACAGCAGGGCUCGAGAAUAGGCUGACCCAGUCUCUCUCACCCGUACAAUUCCCGACGCAGGUGAACUACACUCUACAUGCAGGAACACGACGACGUUAGCGGGACGAUUCACGAAACCAUUACCUGCGCGUUUUCAUGGCAUGUUUGUCUCCUGAUCAUACUCCAUCAUCCACAGCAAUACAAGUUGCCGUGAUGACCGAUUCUCUACCAGAGCACAGUUACGAACCGGAGCUUGAUCCUCAAGGCUGCGCUUCCGACAAGCACGUGUGAAAAACCACACAGCCUUGAUUCAGAGCCGCAUGAUGAACCUGUAACCGCGUCUCUUGUAACUCCCUCCCCUACCCUGGUCAUACGACUGAUCUACUCAAUGAGCAAUGUGGCCGCGACUUACGUGAAGUCAGAAAUACA